AAUUCAAAUUCUGGAUCAUUUUGCCCUUUAAAUUUACGAGAAACUGUAAUUAAUCUUAUAAAAGAUCAUUCUAAUCGUCAUAUGCUAUUACCAAAGCUUGAUGGUACUUUUACUACAAAUGCAGAUGAAAUUUGGAAAGAAUGUGUAGGAGAAAUGAUACAAUUUUGUAAGAACAAUGAUUUGCUUCGAUUGUGGAUUUAUUUUUGGAAGGAGUGGUAUUCUAAAGGCAAAUGGAUUUUAUGGGCGCGGGCAGCUAACAAAAAUGUUAGUCAUAUUAAAACAACAAUGGUUGUUGAAUCUCAUUGGCGGCAUAUUAAGCAUGAUCAUUUAUACAAGUUUCAUAAGCCACGAGUUGAUCAUUUAUGUUUUAUUCUUGUUAAAAAAGUCAUUAACCAGCAGUUAUAUCGAAUUCAAUUACUACAGCAAGGACGUUAUUCUGUACCAUGGUGA